GAAAGAGAUAAAGCAAGAAAAGAGUACUCUACUGCCUUUUGUACUGCAUCCACCGAGCACUUCAAGGAAUUCUGUAAUAGACAGUCCAAAGAGGAUGUCUGGUCAGUUACCAACCGGAUAAUAAAAACCAAACCUCUAGCUCAACCGCCUUCCACACUCCGACUCGGCGACGGUUCCUUCACUUCCUCAACUCAUGACACAGCAGACGCCCUCAUUAACAACUUUUUUCCUGACGAUACGACAGAUGACACUGAGUCUCAGAAAUCUUUGAGGACAUUAAUGACACUACCUAUUAAUACACCUCUUGAACCUGACUUCACCUCUACUGAAAUACUCAACGUAAAGAUAAUUACUCCCUUCUAUCAUCCUAUCGGCCUUAUCAAUGUCUUGGGGAAACUUCUCGAAAGACUCAUCAUUGACAGACUUACUUUCCACUUAAACCGACUUGAACUCAGCAACCCUAGACAAUUUGGUUUUAAACAACAGACUUCCACCUCGGUGGCCAUUCAGACUGCCCUUAAUUUUAUUAAAUCUAAAAAAGCUGCGGGGGAACACGUUAUCGCCGUUUCCCUCGACAUCAAAGCUGCGUUUGAUAACGCGUGGUGGCCUGCUGUCUUUUCUCGACUACGACACUAUGACUGUCCCAGUAAUAUAUAUAAAAUUUUAAUAAGCUACGUUGACAAUAGGACUGUGGGACUUGACUUUUCUGACAUAUCCGUAACUAAAACCAUGUCCCGGGGUUGUGUCCAGGGGUCUGUGUGUGGUCCUACGAUGUGGAAUCUGAUCAUGGACGAGCUCCUGGACAUUAGCCUCCCAGCAGGAUGUCACAUCCAGGCUUAUGCUGACGACGUGCUACUUAUCAACACUCCCAUUCCCUUACUGAACUAA